AUGCUGCAGCACUGGCGAAGCAGCAUAAGGAUUUUCCAGUUUGCUUCUCUACGUUGUGCUGCUGCUGCUGCUGCAGCAGGAGCCCGGAAGCAGCAGCAGAGCUGCGGGCGAGGGGGCGCCACUGCUGCUGCUGCAGCAGCAGCCAGCAACACGGCAGCAACGGCAGCACCUGUGCUGCUGCUGCAGCAGCAGCAGCCAACAACACGGCAGCAGCAGCAGCAACGGUGCUGCUGCUGCUGCCACUGCUGCUGCAGCAGCUCGCUUCGGGCUCUCUUGCGGACAGCGCCGCCUGAGAAGCAGAAAGCCAAGAGUUUCGUUUUGCUGCAGUCUGCCGCAGACCUUCUUAAAGCAGCAGCAGCAGCAGCAGUGUACGUACACCCCACACCCCACACCCUGCUGCAGCAGCAGCUGCUGCUGCUGCGGCUCGAAGCCCCCGGCUCGCCGCUGCUGCCCCCACCAAACCGUGCUGCAGCAGCAGCGGCAGCAACAGCAGCAGCAGGAACACGAGAACCACCAGCAGCAGCAAUAACAGCAGCAACAGCAGCAACGGGCGCAGCAGCAGCAGGACACAAGAGCCAACAACAGCAGCAGCAGCAGCAACAGCAGCAACAACAACAGCAACAGCAGAACCAGCAACAAGAGAACCACCACCACCACAACCACCACCACAACCACAACCACCAACAGCAGCAACAGCAGCAGCAGCAGCAGCAGCAGCAGCACCACCACCACCACCACCACCACCACCAUCAGCAGCAGCAGCAGCAGCACCACCACCACCACCACCAUCAGCAGCAGCAGCAGCACCACCACCACCACCAUCAGCAGCAGCAGCACCACCACCACAACCACAUCAGCAGCAGCAGCAGCAGCAGCAGCAGCAGCAGCAGCAGCAGCAGCAGGACCUGGUUCUGCGCUGCAGUGUGGGGGUUGUGCUGCGCGAGGCGCUGGUAA